GGAGCGGGAGCGGCGGCCGCGCGUGCGUCGAAGGAGCCGGCGCGGAGAGCGCAGGGGCUGGUGCCAAGAUGGCGGAGCGCGGCUACAGCUUCUCCCUCACCACCUUCAGUCCUUCUGGAAAGCUUGUUCAGAUUGAAUAUGCUUUGGCUGCAGUAGCUGCAGGAGCUCCAUCAGUUGGGAUUAAAGCUGCAAAUGGAGUGGUGUUGGCAACUGAGAAGAAGCAGAAAUCCAUUCUGUAUGAUGAAAGGAGUGUCCACAAAGUAGAACCAAUUACCAAACAUAUAGGUUUAGUGUACAGUGGAAUGGGUCCAGAUUACAGAGUACUUGUGCACAGAGCUCGGAAGCUGGCCCAACAGUAUUACUUGGUUUAUCAUGAGCCCAUUCCAACAGCUCAGCUAGUACAGAGAAUUGCUUCUGUGAUGCAGGAAUACACGCAAUCUGGUGGUGUUCGUCCUUUUGGUGUGUCACUGCUAAUAUGUGGCUGGAAUGAAGGGCGGCCGUAUUUAUUUCAGUCGGAUCCAUCUGGAGCUUACUUUGCAUGGAAAGCAACAGCAAUGGGAAAAAAUUAUGUCAAUGGGAAAACAUUCCUUGAGAAAAGAUACAAUGAAGAUUUGGAGCUCGAAGAUGCCAUUCAUACAGCUAUUUUAACACUAAAGGAGAGCUUUGAAGGGCAAAUGACAGAAGACAACAUUGAAGUUGGCAUCUGUAAUGAAGCUGGUUUUAGGAGGCUCACUCCAACUGAGGUUAAAGACUACUUGGCUGCAAUAGCCUAGUAGAAACCAAGCAAGACUGUGUGGUUCACACAAAGGUCUUUUUAAUUUUGGCUACUUAAAUGUUUUUCUUUGCAGUUUUUGCAUACUUAUUUCUACAUGGUUUGUCUGAGAGAUUUUUUAAACAUCAUGGGUGCAAAUACAACGGUCCUUAAUAUUGUAAUACAGGAAAUCUUGUUAAAGAUAAUUCUUUCCCUUGAUACACAAAAUACUGUACAAAAUGUAAAGUUAUAGUGACAGCUUGAAAAAGGCUAAAGAAUAAAAUCGAAGGCCACUGUUUUGGGGGAAAGUGUCUGUGUGUCUUUUUAAUCCUAACUUGUUUAUCUGCAUAAAGCUUAGAUUUCAGUAUCUUUAUUUUUGAGGAAACAGUUUUUCCCAUACAGCCAUGAUGGAUUCAUGUUAGACCUUUUAAAGAAUUUAAAUGUUGAGCGGACAGGAUAAUUUUUCACUUUGGAAUAUUGUUUAAAUGUUAAGUAAUUUCCAGAAAUGGUUUUAUCUGGUGUAAAAAAUCAUGUACUUUCACAAAGAGACAGAACAGUCUUCCAUUUCAGGUAUGAACUGCAAUCUACUUGAGCCUCUCUGCUUUUGACCUUCUUCGUCUUUGUGUCACAAGAACUUGUUUUCCAUUACUUGAGUUAUUUUCGUGGCCCUAGAAAUUGCACUUUUUCAACCCUGAAAUAUUGUUAGAAAAAGUAGAAGUAAUAACUCUUGCUGAAAACUAAAUGCAUUUAUCACCAUCAAUAAAAAUCAACAGGAGUUACAAAACAGAA